AAAUUAAAAAUAUAUUAAAAAAAAAAAAGUGAAAAAACGGAAGCAUCGCGUGAAGGGACGUGAUUUCCUAUGGACCGCUCUUGUUCUGUUUCCCAGUAAAGAGAUCUCCCUACUCCCUUCCCCAUUUGAAGAACCAAAUCAACGUUCCCCACGCACACCACCACCAGCAAAAGAUCGUCCCCUUUUGCUGCUUUCGCUCCUCGAAUCAUCUCCAACGAGUGAAAUCUAAAUCUGGUUAGAAUCAUUGCAAGGGGUGGUGCUGUUUCGAGCGCUGCUCUUCGGGUACUUGCGAUGAGCUACGGGAGCAGCUCAAUCGGUUCUGGUUCUAGAACAGGUACAAGGGCUUUUGAGUAUGGGAGGACCCAAGUGGUGAGACCCAAAGGGAGGCACCUGGCUACGGUAGUGUGGCUUCAUGGCCUGGGUGAUACUGGAGCAGGCUGGUCUCAACUCUUGGAAACUCUUCCUCUUCCAAAUAUUAAAUGGAUUUGCCCAACUGCCCCUACACGGCCUGUAACAGUUUUCGGCGGCUUCCCUGCUACUGCAUGGUUUGAUGUCGGAGAUCUUUCAGAAGAUGGUCCUCCCGAUGCUGAGGGAAUGGAUGCUUCAGCUGCACAUGUAGCAAAUCUCUUAUCAACAGAACCUGCUGAUAUAAAACUUGCUAUUGGGGGCUUUAGCAUGGGUGCUGCUACUGCCUUGCAUUCAGCAACUUGUUUUGCUCUCGGAAAAUAUGGAAAUGGCAAUCCGUAUCCUCUUAAUCUAAGCGCGGUUGUUGGUCUGAGUGGUUGGCUCCCAGAUGCCGGGAGCUUGAAGAGUAAGUUGGAAAGCUCCCAAGAGGCUGCAAGAAGGGCUUCCUCCUUGCCAAUUUUGCUUUGCCAUGGAAAAGCGGAUGAUGUAGUACUCUACAAACACGGGGAGAAAUCUGCUGAAGUAAUGAAAUCAAGCGGAUUUCAAAAUUUGACCUUCAAAUCAUACAAUAGGAUGGGACACUACACAGUUCCUGAGGAGAUGGAUGAAGUGUGCAAAUGGCUUACUGCUCAACUGGGAAUUGAUGGCUGAGUCUUAAAUUGGGAAGUUUUUAAUAUAGAUGGUAAAAGUACCAACAAAAAUUAUCACUUGGGUGUACGCAAUCAAUAAACUCAUGGUUAAUGGUAUUUGUGGGUUUGGGAUUCUACUAGUAUUAUUUCAUCAAUUUGGAUCGUUUCCCCUUUCUAGAAAUGGGAAAGCUUGGUUGCAUCUUGUUACAGAACAUUAAUGAUUCUGCUCUGGGCGUUUAGGUGUGAGAACUUUGCGCUGUGAUUUGUAUCUUAAUGCAUAUGUAAUGACCGAACAAGUUUCUGAAAAGGUACUGUUGGAGAACCUUUGUUUGAAAA